AGAGCGGUUUGGUCGUUAGUCGGAGGAGCUUCUUCUAUUAGUUCGGCGACUGCGGCUCUUCAUUGGGCAGCAGGAGCGGCGCGGCUGUCGGAGAAGCGGCGUAAAAUUUCGGCAUUGGGUGAAAGAAAAUGGCCCGAACCAAGCAGACUGCUCGUAAGUCCACGGGUGGCAAAGCGCCCCGCAAACAGCUGGCCACUAAAGCGGCCAGGAAAAGCGCUCCCUCUACCGGCGGGGUGAAAAAACCUCAUCGCUACAGGCCCGGGACCGUUGCGCUUCGAGAAAUCCGUCGUUACCAGAAAUCCACGGAGCUUCUGAUCCGGAAGCUGCCUUUCCAGAGGUUGGUGAGGGAGAUCGCCCAGGAUUUCAAAACCGACUUGAGGUUCCAGAGUGCCGCCAUUGGUGCGCUUCAGGAGGCUAGUGAAGCGUACCUGGUGGGUUUGUUUGAAGAUACUAAUCUGUGUGCCAUCCACGCUAAGAGAGUCACCAUCAUGCCCAAAGACAUCCAGUUGGCUCGCCGGAUACGGGGAGAGAGCUUAAGUGAAGGCAGUUUUUAUGGUGUUUUGUAGUAAAUUCUGUAAAAUACUUUGGUUUAAUUUGUGACUUUUUUUGUAAGAAAUUGUUUAUAAUAUGUUGCAUUUGUACUUAAGUCAUUCCAUCUUUCACUCAGGAUGAAUGCGAAAAGUGACUGACUGUUCACAGACCUCAGUGAUGUGAGCACUGUUGCUCAGGAGUGACAAGUUGCUAAUAUGCAGAAGGGAUGGGUGAUAUUUCUUGCUUCUCAUGAUGCAUGUUUCUGUAUGUUAAUGACUUGUUGGGUAGCUAUUAAGGUACUAGAAUUGAUAAAUGUGUACAGGGUCCUUUUGCAAUAAAACUGGUUAUGACUUGAUCCAAGUGUUUAACAAUUGGGGCUGUUAAGUCUGACCAUACAUCACUGUGAUAGAAUGUGGGCUUUUUCAAGGGUGAAGAUACAAGUCUUAACCACAGUGUAACUUACAGUUUCCUUAUUAAAAAAAAAAAGUAAACCUGGCAGCUAUAGAAUACACUAUGUGCAUUUAUAAUAGCUAUUUUAUAUAUUGUAGUGUCAACAUUUUUAAAUUAAAUGUUUUACAUUCACAUGUGGUGGGGAGUCUUGUCAUUAAGGUGUGUGUAAUAUAGAGUCCGGUUGGUUUUCUCCUAACUAGACUGCACUUGUUUUUCAUACGUAGUAAAAUGCUUUGCGCAUUAUACCUUGCAUAAGUCCUCAUUCUACCACAUGUUGACUAACCCUCUAGCUGAUAAUGCAGACACUAACGGGGGGAUUUAUUUAUAAGGGCU